CCGUGCUUCAUGGCCGCUCCGACGUAAGUUGGAUAUUUCUAAAGUAGCCUUGAAGGAUUUUCAACUGCACAAUGAGCGCUCCAUUUUUCUUCAUUGUACUUGUCUAUGCUAUUCUUCCUUGCGCUGUUGAGUCCUCCCGUUCCAUGCAUCCCCACACAAGCAAUGCUACCGAUGAGCAGGCUCUGUUGGCAUUCAAGUCCGGAAUCGAGUAUGAUCAAUUCGAUUCAUUCGCAACAUGGACUUCCAACGUCUCAUUCUGCAACUGGAAAGGGAUCUCCUGUUCUCGCCGCAGGGAAAGGGUUGUCUCUCUCAAUCUCUCCACCGUGGGUUUGGUAGGUACCAUCUCCCCUUCUCUCGGCAAUCUUUCAUUUCUUAGGAUUCUUGACCUCGGUAUUAAUAACCUUCGUGGUCAUAUUCCCUAUCAGUUAGGAAGCCUCUCUCGCUUACAGAUCCUUUACUUAGACACAAACCAGCUGGAUGGUUUAAUUCCUUCUACUCUUUGUGCCUGCCAUAGUAUAGCUGCUUUAUCUCUUGUAGAAAACCAUUUGGAUGGAGGGAUUCCUUCAGCUCUGGGUUUUCUCCCAAAUUUAUCAUUCCUUCAGCUUGGUCGAAACAAUUUGACAGGUACAAUUCCCAACACCCUGGGGAACAUAUCCUCUUUAAACUAUUUAGAUUUAUCUGAGAACAACCUUGAGGGGUCUAUUCCUCGGGAACUGGGUAUGCUUUCUCAACUCGGUUUCUUGAUUUUGCAAAUGAACCAUUUUACCGGAGGAAUUCCAUCCUCCUUAUCAAAUUGCACUUCCCUGCAGGCAAUAAGCGUCGCUGGAAAUUACUUAUCUGGCGAAAUUCCAACGAUGUUGUUCUCUCAGACUAUACUGUUGAGAGAAUUGUAUUUGGAUAUUAAUAAUUUCACCGGCAGGAUUCCUAUCACCCUCUUCAAUUGUUCGCAACUUCAAAUUGUCGAUCUAGCCACAAACCGACUGAGUGGAAUAGUGUCCUCGGAAUUAGGAAAGUUGCAGAGUCUUACGCGACUUUAUUUGUUGGGUAAUCAGUUUAUUAGUGGUAGCACCACAAGCUUACCCUUUCUUACUGCUCUUAUUAAUUGUUCUUUUCUUAGAGAAAUAGUGCUUACAGAUAAUCAUUUCACCGGUCGCAUACCCUCAUCUGUGGGACAGCUUUCUACGAGUCUAGAAACGUUCUACUUGGACCUCAACAAAAUAACAGGAGAAAUUCCAUCGCAGAUUGGGAACCUCACCAAUUUAGCUGAACUCUCUUUAGAUAGAAAUCUUUUGACAGGUGAGAUUCCUUCUGCAAUCGGUAGGCUUCAAAGGUUGGAGAGGCUAUACUUGGGUGGCAAUAAAUUACAAGGAAACAUCCCAAUGGAGAUUGGUCAGCUAAAGAACCUAGGGUUUCUAGCUCUUCUAUAUAAUAAGAUUUCUGGAAAUAUUCCAGACUCUCUCGCCCGCCUCCAGCAGAUAAGAUAUCUGUACCUUCAUGGCAAUGAGUUAACAGGGACUAUUCCCGCAGAUUUAGGUGAAUGCAGAAAGUUGGAAGAACUUGAUCUCUCACACAACAAGCUCCAUGGGCACAUACCUUCACAGGUGGCAGGACUUCCAAAUUUACUUUUAUCCUUCAACCUUUCAAAUAAUUUGUUGGAGGGCUCCCUGCCAUCAGAACUUGGCAAGAUGGAUAAAGUUCAAAGUUUAGAUAUUUCAGCAAAUCAAAUAACAAGCCAUAUUCCAAAUACAAUAGGAGAUUGUGUAGCACUUGAAUACCUGAAUUUUUCUUGUAAUAAACUUGAAGGUCCAAUUCCAAAUUCUCUAGAGAAACUUCUAAAUCUCAAAGGCUUAGAUUUAUCCUCCAACAAUUUGUCCGGAAGGAUACCAAUGACCUUGGAAAAGCUUAAAGCGCUUCAGCAUCUUAACUUGUCUAUAAACAAGUUGUCAGGUGAAGUCCCAAAAGGUGGCGUUUUCAAAAAGCUUAAUGCAACGUCAUUUACUACAAAUCUUGGCCUAUGUGGACCUUGGGUAAUGUUACCACCAUGCUCUGCUCCCAAACAUACAAGUCUUAGGCAUCUAAAAAGUGUGUUCAUACCCAUUGGGGCUGCAGUGUUCGUCAUAUGUUGUGUGGUCAUAUUUUUCUUGUGGAGAUGCUACUACAAAACACGGUCUAAGACCUUGAAACCCUUUGAAGUUGGCCCUCAGAAAAUUUCAUUUCAAGAACUUCUCACUGCAACUGAUGAAUUUAAUGAGGCCAACUUAUUAGGAGUUGGUAGCUUUGGAAAAGUGUUCAGAGGGGUUCUAAAAGAUGGCACAAUGGUUGCUAUCAAAGUUCUUAAUAUCCUGGAUGAAUAUGCAAGGAAAAGUUUUGAUAGAGAAUGCAAUGUUUUAAGGAGAGUUCGGCAUAGAAAUCUUCUUAAAAUCAUUACCUCUUAUUCAGAUCCAGAUGUGAAAGCCUUGAUAUUUCCUCUUGUGGCAAAUGGUAGCCUGGACAAGUUAUUGUAUCCCGUAGUCGAAGAAAGUUCUCAAGGUCAACUGUGUCGCUUGGAUUUCAUUCAGAGGCUGAGCAUAGCAUUGGAUAUUGCAGGGGCCAUGGAAUACCUUCAUCACCGAUGUUUUGUGCAAGUCAUCCAUUGUGACCUAAAGCCCAGUAAUGUGCUUCUUGGGGAGGACAUGACCGCUUAUUUGAUAGAUUUUGGCAUUUCAAGAUUGUGCCUGGGAAAGUCUAUGGAUUCAUACACUUCUACGCAUACCCUAAAAGGAUCCAUUGGAUACAUUGCUCCAGAAUAUGGAGUGAGUGGACGUGUUACUACAAAAGGAGAUGUUUACAGCUAUGGAAUAAUGUUAUUAGAGAUGAUGACUGGAAAGAAACCAACCAGCAGCAUAUUCGUAGAAGGUAUGAACCUGCAUAAGUGGGUAAGCAGAUGCUUUCCAGAUACAAUAGAAGAAGUGAUUGACAACUAUUUGCUGAGUGGUACCCUGAGCAAUGAUGAAAACAAGGUAUUGAAUUGCCUCAGGCAACUCAUCUGUGUGGGUUUGCUUUGUACAAAAGAAUCCCCUGAAGAACGACCAAGUAUGAUUGACACUGUGAAAAUAUUGCAUAUUAUCAAAGAUAGUUUUCUUGGAGUUGUUCCAAUUACAGCAUUUCAAUUAGAUUUAUCAUCGUUGCUAAGUAGCAGAAAUGUUGGUGGCAAUGAUGAUGAAAGCCGAAGUUCUUCAUUCUGAACAGAGAAAUUAGAAAAGAAACAGAAUUCUUGCACCUUUCAAUAGUUUGAA